AUGAUAAUUGCGAUCAGUCAAGAUCCAUCUGAAUCAGAAAUUUCAUCUUUUUCAAAGGAUCUCAACGAAUCUCGCAAGAUCUCAAAGGAUCUUAAAAAGUCUCCUUAUGCUUUGCACUUUCCUGUUCCAGUUCGAUCCAAGUUUCGAUCCAAGUUCCAGAGAAUAGAAAAUGGUAAUUCACAACCAACAGCCUUCAAAACUGCUCAGCUCUCGCCAAUAGUCUUUCCACCUCCAAACCUUCUUCUGGCUCUAAAGGAUAACCACCACUUUGCUCACCGACUGCCCUUAGCUGCUGUUGAACAACACUAA